AUGCUGCAAUCCAGGGCUUUGGUGCUAGCUCUCAUUUUACUCCUUAGCACCACUUUCCCAGAAGUGCACUCAAAGUCCAUCUUUGAGAGAGAUAACCGCCGUGACUGGUUGGUCAUCCCCGAUGCAGUUGCCGCUUAUGUCUAUGAAACUGUGAACAAGAUGUUCCCUAAAGUCGGUCAGUUCUUGGCGGAUGCUGCCCAGAUUCCAGUAAUUGUUGGUACCAGGAACUUCCUCAUUAGAGAGACAUCUAAACUCAGUAUACUGGCUGAACAGAUGAUGGAAAAAGUAAAGACCCUGUGGAAUACAAAAGUCUUAGGCUACUACUAGUCAGAGGAAGACAAAUCAGUGUUUCCUGAUGUGAGUUGGUAGCAUCCUGCAGUGUCCUCUUUCCCCCUGCCCCUACUACGGACCAAGAUCAGUCAAUAACACAGAAUCAAAGCUCCUGUUAAUGCCACUAGAAGGAACCCAGCUUCAGAGACCAAAGCAUGGAAGACAUCUGCUUAAGUCUCCCCAAAAUGAAACACUGCUGGGUAUGAGGAAGGCAAUGAGAUUGCAGAGCUCUUCUGUAGCCAAAUCCUGAAAAUUAAUUCCUCCUGAAUGGCUUGGUCAUU